AUAUAAAGAGAGAGAUCGAAAUGUAAAGAGAACUUUCGCUCAGGUAAGGCACCGACGGCGUUUGGUAGGCAACGAAUGUGACGUCAUGAAGCAUGUGGGUGCCAGUUCUUUGUCUGCCCCGCCCCCUUCAUGGGCUUCUCGCUCCAACCCCCCAGCCCUCAAACUUCCUUGAACCCGUCGCGUACCCUCUCCCCUGCUCCCCGUCCUCUUCUACCUCCUCAUCUACCGGUGUCCGCCGAGAUGUGCAUUACUCCAACAGCUCCCACGGUUUAGAUGAAAAAAGUGUUGAAUAGACUAAUGAAACUGGUGAAUCAAGCAAUGAGGAAAAUAUAAGAAGUGAUCUCAAUUGGAACUUUAGAUAGACUUUUGUAUAUGUGAUGCACCAAAUGACUUUUGACACUUUCUAGUACUUGUUGUAAUUUUCGUACUGAUGCAAUAUUAUUGAUUAAGUAAAAAUAAAAACACUAAUAUAUGUUUAUGGAAUAUAUAUACACCGGUUCUACGGAAGCGAGAUAAAAAUAGAAAAAUAAUUGAGUUCUUAGAGGAGGAAGGACCACUAGACAACCUCCACCAUGUUGCUGUACGCUCGCAAGAAGCUGAUUCGAGACGAGCGCGUGCUGCAACUGGUGCUCCUACUGAGUCUCCUUCGGGGGGAUCCUGACAGCCUCCUAUUCGGGCCCGGGGGUUCCGCCCCCUUGGCCGAUCUUCCCCAUGACCUCAUCCUGGGUCCGUCCCUAGGUCACGCCCGAUCGUCUCCACUUCUGGCGGGCGGGGACUUCCAUCCGAAGAGUAUGGACCGCAUGCUGGCCGACUACCAGCGUUCGGUGUUAGACGACCUCAACGCGCUGGGCCGCUACACCGCGCCCUCGCACCACUCUCACGUCCAUGCUUAUCUACUGAACACCCACACGUCGCUGCCCUCGCCGCCCACCGCCGACACGCCGGACCAUCACCACCAGGGGCCGGACUCCCCACCCACACAGCCCACUAACAUCUUGCCCGACCCACCCCCGCCGGAGUCCAAUCUCUCUCAGGACGAUGACCUCACGCCAGAGGACCUUGCCUUGAUUGAAGCCCUCUGGAAGCAAGAUGUUGACCUGGGAGUGCCUCGUGAAGUUUUUGAGGAGGAUGGCUUGGAGCCCCCAGUUGACUCCCAGACCAAGGACAAGGACCAUGGCAAGAAUCCCAAGAGUGAGACUAAGAUUGACGAGAAGCCUGAUGAAAACCCAUGGAUGCAAUUCAACUUCACCAUCGACUCUGAGACUGGUGAGCACCUCCUCUCCACGGAAAGCCCCAUCAGCGGCGGCGACGUGACCCUCGACCCCGUGUCUCCCCUGUCGCCCCCCUCCUUCACUCUCAACGAGUCGGUGCCGGACUUCAACCUCGAGUUCAACCUCGAUGAAGCGCUCAAGCUCGUAGGGCUCAAUUCCUCGGAGACAGGAGAAGCAGUCUGGAAAUCUGUGGAGACAGAUAGCAGUUCUGAGGACUUCACCAAAGGAUUCUCGGAGGAGGAGAAGGCCAGCGACGGAGGCGACUCCCUGGACGCGUUGAGCGACACCCUGGACGAAAUGAUCCAGGCUUCGCAGCUCAACCCGCACCACCCGCGAUCGUUACAGGUCAGUAGCGCUUUUAUCGGCCUUCGUCUGUCUUUUCUGUCCGCCUCUGUCCGGCUGCCAGGCUCUCCACGAUCAUCGGGUGUGUCUUGGUUUGUGGCACCGUUCUUGCUUUUUCCUCGGUUCUCUUUGUCAGACUCUUUAUUUUCUGCCUAUUUAUAGCUGUCCAACAGGUUU